AUGGCCUGUGAGAUAAAUACACAUCUAAUUGAUGUUGAGGAUACCUUUCAGCAAUACGUGAAGCCAGAGAUUAAUCCCAAGCUUUCAGACUUCUGCAUCAGUCUGACAGGAAUAACCCAGGACAUUGUUGACAAAGCUGAUAUUUUUCCUCAAGUUCUGCAGAAUGUUGUAGAGUGGAUGAGACAACGAGAACUGGGAACAAAGUACAGCUAUUCCAUGUUGUCUGAUGGAUCUUGGAAUAUGAGUAAAUUUUUGAACAUCCAGUGCCAUAUUAGCCGUAUCAAAUACCCUUCUUUUGCCAAAAAGUGGAUCAAUAUUCGCAAAUCAUAUGGGAACGUCUACAAGGUUCCUAGGAAUCAGACCAAGCUGACAAUCAUGCUUGAAAAUCUGGGCAUGAGUUACGAUGGGAGACCUCACAGUGGACUUGAUGACUCUAAAAACAUUGCAAGGAUCGCUGUAAGGAUGCUGCAGGGCUGUGCCCUGCGGGUGAAUGAGAGAAUUCACGGUGGGCAGCUGAUGACAGUCUCCUCCUCAGGCCCCUUAGAGGGAGCCCCUGCUCCACAGAUGCCCCGCUACAGAAACUAGCAAGCAGGUCAGGGCUCUGCCCCGGGGCUGCCCUCACAUACCGCUAAAGACUCCAGAGCUUAUUGAAUGGCCACCUCUGCCAGCUUGUCUGCCGUGCAGAACCCUAAAGCACCUUAACGAAUCAUCUCUGACGAAAUAAAGAGGAGCACGGAAGCUGUUUGUUCUUUGAAGCCUAUUACAGCAAUUUCUUUUUGUACUGAUGACUUCUGUUGUUGUUUCCAACUUUGCUUAGCAGUGAGGUUGAUAUCUGGAAUCCAGACAAAGUGUUAAGCUUUUAAGAAGGUGUCAUUUGAACACCUGCAAAGAGGGAUUGGGCCUGUGUGCUGCUGUACUACCCCAGCCUGUGGGCACUAUUUGUUCACUGUGAUGUACUCCAAUGAUAUCUAGCAUCUGCUUAUUCAUUGCACACAAAUAAGCCAUUCCUGGAAGAACUGAAAGAGCAGUGGUUGGGCUGGCCCUUCCUGAUGAGGCACUCUGCUAAGGGU